AAACAGACUCUGAUCUUGACUUUGCUGAUGAGCAGCUACUUAGACAAGAGCUCAUUUUAAGCAGAGAAACAUGAAGAUAUUUGCAUUUUUGGUGGUCAUCUUUGUCUUCAAAAAGGUGCCAGGCUGCCUCUCGUCCUGCUCCAUAACUGGCUCGGUAGCCAAUUGCGCCUUCAAGAACCUACACUGGAUUCCUCCCCUUCCUCCCAACAUCACCCACCUGUACUUGGAGAUGAACCACAUCCAUGAGAUUAACGCCACUUCGUUGUCUGGCCUUGAGAUGCUGCAAGUGCUGGACUUGGGUCAUCAGUAUUCAGCACUAGUGAUCCAAAACAACGCAUUCAUCAGACAAAGACACCUCAGGAAAUUGGCGCUGGGCUUCAAUGUGGAGCUUCACCUUGAGCCGGAGGCCUUUUUGGGAUUGUCGAGUUUGCAGAGUCUUUACCUGGAUUACUGCUCACUUGAUGAAUCCAUCCUGAAGGAAAACUAUCUGAAGCCGCUUUUUUCAUUGGAAACUCUUGACCUAUUUGGUAACCGGAUGAAGAGAAUCCAGCCUUCAAUGUUUUUUUCCAAUAUGACUCAUCUGAAACAUUUGAAUCUAAAACUGAAUCGUAUCAACAAAAUAUGUGAGCCUGAUCUGGCUGCCUUCCGGGGAAAACAAUUUAAAUCCUUGAAUUUAGACUCCAACAACCUUCAGGCUAUGUUCAAUGAAAACUUUGUUGCACAUACUUGUGGGAACCCUUUCAGAGGAAUAUCUUUUGGAACACUUGACUUAUCCCAUAAUGGUUUCAGCAUAGACGAGUUAAGACUAUUUUUCAAAGCUAUCGAGGGUACUAAGAUUUCUUUUCUCAAGCUAUCAGGACAUAUAGGUAAAGGUUUUUCCUUCAGCAAUCUUUUAGAUAUGGACAGAAGCACUUUUGAGGGCCUCAGGAACAGCUCAAUCAACAUGUUGGAUAUGUCGAAAAACAGGAUAUUUGCAUUACAACAGGGAGUAUUCAAUCAACUAUCACAAGCUGAAGUUAUUGAUCUCUCUCAAAACCAAGUCAAUCAAAUCCACAGAAAUGCUUUUGAAGGCCAGGAACAUUUGAAAAAGCUCAACCUGUCUCAUAAUUUGCUGGGGGAUAUCCGUGCUCACAGUUUUGCUCCUCUGAAGAACCUUAAAGUGUUGGACCUCUCUUACAACCAUAUUGGUAUUUUUGGCUACCAAUCGUUUAGUGGACUUUUUAGCCUGGAGGUAUUAAAUCUGACUGGAAACUCUCUCAGGGAGUUUGGUUUCCCCAGCACUCUGCCGAGUUUAAGUUAUCUUAAUUUGAAUGACAAUAAAUUGAGCUUUGCAGCAGUGAACACAAUAACAACGUUUGCCCCUAAUGUCACAUAUUUGAACAUUCAGAACAACAAAGUAGAAAACCUGCAGGGUGUGUACAUCUUUUUGACUAACCUGAAGAAACUCCAGCAUCUUGUCUUUGGAGGGAAUCCCAUCAAGUGGUGCACAAUGAAUAUUCAAGCUUCUGAAAAGAAGCAUAGCGCUGUUAAAGUGUUAGAGCUUCACAGCAGCAACUUGCAGUCAAUUUGGUCUCGAGGCAAAUGUCUCGAUCUGUUCGAAGGUCUUAACCAUUUGGUCGAGCUGAGAUUGAGCUCUAACAAUUUGCGUUCCCUUCCGAAUGGCAUCUUCAAAGGUCUCCCCUCCCUUCUGGGAAUGGACCUCUCAUCCAACCCUUUAACCUAUCUCCAGCCUGAUGCAUUUCCUAAGACCCUCAAAUUGCUUAACCUCGCUAACAACUUCAUAGCGUCCCCCAACCCGGCCCUCUUCCGAACUCUUAGCAUCCUCAACUUAAAUAUGAACCGGUUCCACUGUGAUUCAAAUCUGACAAACUUCUUGAAGUGGACAAGGCAAACAAAUGUAACCUUUUUGAGUCCCGUUAAGGACUUGAGAUGUGAAUUUCCUCUAGCUUUCUAUAAAGUUUCUCUGUUGGAUUACUACACUCAUCUUCAUGGCACUGGAAGCAUUUAACAAGGUUUAAACUGUAAUAUAGCUUUAGAGCGAAUGCAGGCAUUUAUUCACGUUCUACACUAGAGGGCAGCAAAGAGCUAACAAUCACCAGAUCCUUCUCUCAACCGGUUGCGGUCCCUCUGUAACACAACAUGAGGCACUAUUUUGUUUUCAUUGAGUUCAAGAAUAAUUGUGCAAGUAGAAAACAUGUAAACAAUUAGUUUUAUUUUGAGCAACAAUAUUGUUUGAGUUUGUCUGAAUUAUUGUGUCACAACUAUACCACUCAUUGCAGAAUAACAUUGGCAUACUGUUCUCAGAGACACUCCUGCUGUUUUAAUAAAGCUGUAAGAUGGU